ACCUCCUGCUCUGCCCGCCAUGUUCUGUAGGAGGAGGAGAUACGUGUAGUCCUGGCUUUAGCUGGCUUAGCACUAGCAGCAUAUAGCUAGGCGGAGGCGCAACAAGCUCCUUGAACGCCCAAAUAAGUACUCCUGUCUCGGUUUCCCCCUUCUCUUUUUGGAAUUAGCUACGUUUUUUAUUGGUUUGACUUCCACUUGGAGUGACACGAGUACCUAAAGUAUCCCUCUCAAAAAUUCUGGUGAUGGCAUGGUCAUGUGUUCAGCCGGCACUGUGGGUGUGGAAAUGGUUUUAACAGACGCUGUGUUGGAGGACUCGGGAACACUGCACUGGCCUGGAGGAGCCUCAUAAACAACCGCGUACAUCCACAAACCACUUUGUUACACGAAAACAUUAACAAAACACCGCCGUGACAAAGGACACAGAAACGCGGGCAAACAACACAAGCUUCACCUGAAGGGCACGUUUGUAACUUCUGGGUGUGUGUAACCCAAAUAUUGUUGGUGUCCCAGCUGCUCUCCUUGUGUGAGAGUGUACGUUUGAUUUCUUGUCUGUCCCAUCUUAACCGCCACCAUGCCAAGCACCAUCCGCCGGCAGAUGAAGAACAUGGUUAACAACUACUCCGAAGCGGAGAAGAAAGUCAGAGAGGCCACGUCCAACGACCCCUGGGGGCCGUCGUCUUCACUCAUGUCGGACAUCGCCGACCUCACUUACAACGUGGUGGCCUUCAGCGAGAUCAUGAACAUGAUCUGGAAACGACUCAACGACCACGGCAAGAACUGGCGCCACGUCUACAAGGCGCUCACCUUGCUUGACUACCUGAUCAAGACGGGCUCAGAGAGAGUAGCGCUGCAGUGCAAAGAAAACAUCUUUGCCAUCCAGACUCUGAAGGACUUCCAGUACAUCGACAGAGAUGGCAAGGACCAGGGCAUCAACGUCAGGGAGAAGAGCAAGCAGCUAGUGGUCCUACUCAAAGACGAAGACCGCCUCAAAGGAGAGAGGGUAGGAGGAUCUACAUCUCCUAACGCCGGUUCAGAACUGGAACAGGCCAGACCUCAGACCAGCGGAGAGGAAGAACUGCAACUGCAACUUGCCUUGGCCAUGAGCAGAGAGGCUGCAGAGCAGGAGGAGCGCAUACGCCGAGGAGAUGACCUGAGACUACAAAUGGCCUUAGAGGAGAGUAAGAAAGAAGGCCCAGGCUCUGCAAAAGUUGCCAAGAAGAAAAAAGAGCCACAGUCCACUUUGAUGGAUCUAAUGGAUGUCCCCGAGCCUGGUGCCAGUGCUGACCCCUGGGGCACGGGAGCUGGGGCCGGAGCUGCUGCUGCAUCAGCUGACCCAUGGCAGCCUUAUGGAUCUGCCCCUAAGCCAGCAACCUCAGUGGACCCAUGGGGCACUUCUACUGUCCCACCCAUCAAGAGCAGCGAUCCCUGGGCGCCCAACUCCAUUCCUGCUUCUGACCCAUGGGGUUCUGCAGCAGCCCGCCCCAAACCCUCCAACACAGGUAGCUUUGACCUGUUGAGCGCAUCCAAUGGUACAUCCAAAGAAGACUUCUCAGAGUUUGAUAGCCUGCGCUCUUCCUCCUCUGUCCCCACUGAAAUCCAAAUGGACAGCAAGUUUAGAGAACAAAACAAAAUAGAAUACCACAGUAAAUCAAUUCUUUUUGUUCAAAUACUACUCUUCGGUAUCGUAGAUGCCCUCAAUUAUUUGCCGUGCCCGACUGGAGUAGGCAUUAAAUCCAUAAUGCUUUGCCCAAUUCUGAAAGCAGCUCGUUCAGCUGUAAAAUACGACUACCUCUACUUUUGUUCUUCAGGUGAUAUGGGCAUUGCAUCUUCUGUCCCCUCCCAACUCAGCCUGGCCAGCAGUAGCAGCCUGGACAUAUUUGAUCCCCUUCCCACCUCAGCAUCUACUUCCAUCAUCACAAACCCAACUAGAAAGACUCCUGAGUCCUUCCUGGGUCCCAAUGCUGCCCUGGUCAAUUUAGACUCUCUGGUGACCAAACCGGCCCAGCCUGCGCCAGUUGUCAACCCAUUCUUGGCUUCAACAGGUGGCUCUGCUCCAACCCCGGCCAACCCCUUCCAAGUGAGCCAGCCAGCUCCCCCCACCCUCAACCAGAUGCGCGUCAGCCCGAUGCCCUCUGGCUUUGGCAGCAUGGCAGAGCCCAUAGGCCUUUCCUCCAUGCCUCCUCAGCCCGUCCCCAUGGUCCCUCUGACAGGUAUGGCCCCCAUGGGCCACUCGAUGCCUGGAGUGGGUGCUGUGGGAGGCAUGGGGAUGAGCGCAGGGAUUCCAUCCUCCAUGUCCAUGCCCCAGCCCCUGAUGAGCAUGCCCCCCCAGGCUGGGACUCAAAACACCGGAACCACCAACCCGUUCCUUUUGUGAGAGGAUGACAGGGAGAGGGACAUCAUGGAGUAACCCUUCCUUUUACUCUUCAACUUUAGCCCCUCAAGAAGCUUCAAAACGAACAAGGAGACGUCUUAUCUCAAUUAUCCAUUUAUAACCAACUCCAAGCCAGAGUCCCAGCAGGACCCUCUCCUACCUUACCACACUCCCUAACUCCUUUCUUCUCUCUUUCUUUCUCUCCUACAAGCUGCCUAGUCCUGUGUUCCAUGCUGAUCUAAUGAUAAUGUUGAUGACCACAAAGAGUUUGCAUCAGUCCACAGACUUUUAAGAGUAGCGUCAGUGUUUACAGUUUUUCCACUGAGGCAGGACUUGGCCACAGUCUCUCCUCCUUGUCCUUUUCUCAAUCAUUUCUCCCUUACUUCUUCCCUUUAGGACCGCUCCUCUCCUCUUCUGUAGUGGAGUGACAGGAGAGUCUGACUGUUCUAAUGCCAGGAUCUUAUCUCUUCACUAGAGCUAAUCUUUUAUAAGCCCUGUCAGCUGGUGUGUGUGUGUGUGAGAGAGUGCACAUCUCAGUACUUUUACACUGUGUAUUUUCCAGCGAGUCAACUUCCACUCACUGGAGUAAAGAUGAGAGAUGGUUAGAUGUGUUUAUACAGUGUGUGUGUGUGUGUGCGUGUGUGUGUGUGUGUGUUUGUGUGUGUGUGCGUGUGUUACAAAGCAGGAAUUUUGCACAAUUGUUUGCUUUUUUUCUUCUUCUUUUAUUUCUUUUUUUUUUUUUUCUGCGACUGUUGGGCUCACCGCUACACCUUAGCUUAGGGAGGACGUCCAGCCGCUUAAAACAGCCGAGUCGACACACACACACAAACACAAAAACACAGUGCCUCGGCUCAUGGUCACAACUCUCAUCUGGUCACUUCCUCUGAUCUCUGAACUUUCUUCAGACCCUCCAGAUGAACUUUGACCUCAGUGGUUCACAGGAAUAACAAUGAAAGCUUCUCAGAGGAGAUGUUUUGUUUGUUUGUUUUUAAAUAUCUGUGUUUUUGCUCACAUGCAAGUGUACUGAUACUAACUACUACAUGUUGAGCCCCCCCAAAAUGUUUGUAGUGAAAAAGACAUGAACUGUGGUGGCAUCAUUAUUUUUUGGUUUUUUUGCUAUAUAAAUAGGAUGCAGUGAGGCAUCAUGGGACAGUUUUUUUUGUUUUUUUAAAUUUAAGUUUGUUUCAAGGCUCAAAGGGAUAUGUGUGGAAGGAGGGUUGUGUUUGUGUAUGUAUGUCUGUGUGUAUAUGUGCGCGUUUGCAGGAGAAAUGCAUUUAGUUUCCAAGUGUACUUUCAUGAACAAGUUUUCCCAUUUCUCAGUCUGAUAAGUGGAAACUGAUUUGGAAUUAGUUUCUGAAGUGGAACUCAAACAAGGGGCAACUUAGGCAUCAACAACCUUAAGUGUGUGUGUGUGUGUGUGUGUGUGUGUGUGUGCGCGUGCCCGCAUGUUUGCAGCAGAUAUCAGUGAUUGUUGCUUUAACAAAAAAAAUAUAUUUUAAAGCAUAUGA